GUAUACCGACGUUACCUCUUGUUACGCCACGAUUUCCGACCGACCGAAUAAAUUCUCACAUCUUUCCAUCUUUACUUCCUCUCCUUAUCCUUAUACGUUCUAUCCUUUCCUACACCUCACAUAUCCCCUUUCCAUUUCCACCAUGUCUGCUACUAAGCUAAAGAUCGGCUGUGCCGGCCUUGGUCGCAUGGGCAAGCGCCAUGCCCUCAACUUCCUCGAACGGACUCCCCGUGCCGAGCUGGUCGCCGCCAGCUCCCCGGACGAUGCUGAAUUGGAAUGGGCUAAGGUUCACCUUGUACCAUAUGGCGUAAAGUUAUACAAAAACUACGAUGACAUGCUCCGCCACGAAGGUCUAGAAGCCGUCGUGGUUGCGUCGGCCACCGCCGUCCAUGCUGAACAAGCGAUCAAGGCCAUUGAUGCUGACAAGCACGUUCUGUGUGAAAAGCCCCUGUCGACCAGUGUUGAGAUUUCCCAAACUGUCCUUGAUGCCGCCUCCAAGAAACCUCACCUUAAGGUGAUGUGUGGGUUUUCUCGUCGCUUCGACGCCUCAUAUCGGGAUGCAUUCAACAAGAUGAGCGCCGGCGUAAUUGGCUCGCCCUCAGUCAUGCGUAGCCAGACUUGUGACAAGCUGGACCCCAGCGGGUUCUUCGUCGCCUACGCUGAAUUCUCUGGCGGCAUCUUUGUUGACUGCUCCAUCCAUGAUAUCGAUCUUGCCCUCUGGUUUUUCGGUCAAGAUAGCAAGGUUAAGUCUGUGUCCGCCGUUGGCAUCACGGCUGUUGAGCCAGACCUGCGCAAGCAUAAUGACCGGGACAAUGCCGUUGGUUUGGUCGAGUUUCACAACGGCAAGAUCGCUUACUUCUACGCUUCGCGCAUGAUGGCGGCCGGUCAAGAAGACACUACUGAGGUUAUUGGCACCCAGGGCAAGCUAAGCGUCAACACACAGCCGGCCCUAAACCUCGUCAACAUCUACGACAGCACCGGUAUCCGUCGGGAGAUUCCUCAGCAUUACUACGAUCGCUUCGAAUAUGCAUUCGUUACCGAGGCUAAUGAGUUCACCGCUUGCUGCCUCGAAAACACCCCUGUCCCACUGAGACUUGAUGGUGCAGUCCAGGCCGUCCGCAUCGGAGCUGCGCUCCAAGAAUCGCUUAUCACCGGCGAGAAGAUCUUCUUCGAUGAAGCGGGUAGCCGGGUUGCGAAGUCUCAUCUCUAGAUGUAUGCUUAACGACUUG